AUGGACAAGAUUGAUGCCCAUGAUUUAUUGAAGGAUGAACUUGAAUUUGAGUUAGCUUGCCGUGGUAUUCGGGGCUUAGAAACAGUAAAAGUUAUGCGUAAAGGCCUUAAACAAAUUUUUAUAAGAGAGCGGGAAGGCGAUUCCAGUAUAAACGUAGUUGUCCCGUCUUGUUGUACGAAGGACGCCCUGUCCCAGAUUGAAAUUUGUGAAAAAAAAUUGCAAUUUCUAAAAUCGGCCUUCGAUGAAGAUCCUGAUGGUGAUAUAAAAAAACGGCUAGCUUCGCGCCUCCAACACUUGCUUAACCGGGUCAAACUAAUCAUCCCUAGUGAAUCAGACAUAGACCGUCAUAUUAAACUAUGUAAGGAUGUUCAAAUAUUUUACGGGACAGUAAUUACAAAGGAUGUGAAGGAUGAAGAUAAAAGUGAGAGUGAAGCAGAGAUUUCUAAAAAGGAUAAAGAAAUACUCCAUCGCAGUCUUGGAGAAGAAGCGAUAGAUAUACUCACACAUAUCGAUUUACAGUCAAGGCACAGAACUAUAGAGCCAGAAACAAGUUACAGUUCAAAGGAUAGGAGUUUUCCUAAAAUGCAAGAAGGUCCUGAGAAAAUAUUAUAUCAAUCUAUUGUAGAAAAUGAGUUAGGUUUUAGAAAACUUGUGCCUAUUAAAGAUUGGGGCGUUAAAUUUUCCGGCAAGGGUGACGUAAGCGUUAAUGCCUUCCUGGAAAGGAUAGCUGAACUUAGGGAAGCACGUAAUGCUAAUACUAAUGAUUUAUGGAGAUAUGCGGUGGAUUUUUUUGAAGGUGAGGCGCUUAUAUGGUUUAGAGCUAACAUUGAGUACGUGAACAGUUGGGAGGAAUUGGUAAACCUUCUUUUAGUUACCUUUCAGAGACCCUAUUAUCAGGACGAGUUAUUAGAAGAAAUAAAGAAGAGAACUCAAGGUAAGAGAGAAAAGAUUGCUAUCUAUCUAGCUGUUAUGCAGAAUAUGUUUAACAGACUUCCAGAGAAAAUUAAUGAAGAACAAAAACUUUCCAUCUUAUUGAAGAAUAUACAGCCAUAUUUUCAACUUGCAGUUUGCAGAGAUCAGUUUAAUACCGUAUCAGAAUUAACAUCGGUGUUAAGAGUCUUAGAACGCACAAGAACUAACUGUGAAAACUUCCAAGAACCAACAAACACUAGUACUACUCUGGAGCCGGACCUAGCAUAUCAAGGACACUCUCUUGCGGAAGUUAAUGAAGUGACAAAAAUAGCAUCGACAUUUAAUGUAAGAAAUUUUGGCCUACAAAAUAUAAAAUGCUGGAAUUGUCGUGUUGCUGGUCAUACGUUUAAAAAUUGUACGCUCCCUCGUCAAAGGUUAUUUUGCUAUAAAUGUGGCAAAUUUGGCCAAACGGUAAAAAAUUGCUCAUGUUCGGGAAACGAAAAACAGGAGGUCAUUACUCCUGCCAAAUGA